AUGGUAAAAGGGUUGCAGAGCUUUGAAGUGCAAUUGGUUCCAAGAGCAGAAAACAUGGCGGCAGAUGCCCUGUCAAAGCUGGCAAGCUCCAGUCUCAGCGACAAGAAAAGGAACGUCAUGGUAGAGACGUUAAAAGAAAGAAGCAUAGAAGUUACCCAAGUGUUCGUUGAUACAAUCACCUCUGAACCGGAGUGUGGGGGUGAUAUAAUAGGGCCCUUACGCGCAUCCGGGGGAAGAAAGUUCCUGAUAGUGGGCAUUGACUACUUCACGAAAUGGAUUGAGGCAGAACCAACAGCAAAGAUAACGGCUAUUCAGGUAAAGAAGUUUAUCUGGCAUAACAUCAUCACUAGGUUCGGCAUCCCGAUGGGAAUAGUGAUGGACCAUGGCAUCCAGUUCGAUUGCGGCCCAAUACGCGACUUUUUGCGUCCCUACAGCAUCAAGUUUGCCUACUCUUCAGUCUGCCACCCUCAAAGCAACGGCCAAGCUGAAGCUGCUAACAAACAGAUCCUCAAUGCCCUGAAGAAGAGGUUAGAUGAGUUGAAGGGUGCGUGGGCCGACAUGGUACCAGCAGUGUUAUGGUCCGAUAGGACUACCGAAAAGGAGGCCACCGGAGAAACACCGUUCAGGUUAGCUUUCGGAGCAGAGGCAGUACUACCGGUAGAAGUGGGGUUACCCAACUGGCGAAUCCUAAACUAUGAGGCCGGCUUAAACGAACAGAUACAAAAGGAGGACCUAGAUCUUUUACCGAAAAUCAGAUUGGCAGCAGAGCUGAGGUCGGCAGCAUAUAAAGACCGGAUAAGCAAAGCCUACAAUAAGAGAGUGCGAAGCCGUCCUAUCUCCAAGGGAGACCUCGUCCGCAGACGGAUGGCCGCAACUGGAAAAGCCCAUGUAGAUGGAAAGCUUACGGCCAAUUGGGAAGGGCCUUACUUGGUAAAAGAAGAGAUAGUACCCGGGUCCUACCGGCUCGAAGACAUGGCAGGCAAGCUGUUGAGAAAUAGUUGGAACGCCAGUGUCCUUAAGAGAUACUAUGUGUAG